AUGCAAAUAUCAUUAGGCUUUUUUGCACAUACACCAAACAUUGAUUUAUUAAGUGAGAAUACAAAUUUACUUCAAAUUAAUAUUCCAUCAACAUGGACAUUUUUUUUUAUGAGAACAAAGCAAAUGUAUCUUUCCAUGCAAGAUGGAAUUCAUCUUGCUACGAAGAUCAGAAACCGACUUUUAUCAACUAUUGCAACAUUGUCUAUUAAUAAUCAUCAAAUUCACAUAAAUGAUUUAUUAUAUAUAAUUGAAAAUUAUUCAAAAAUCGACCACAAUUUAGUCAGAUCGGAUGUUAUUCCUAGUGGUAGACAAAACUUUUCUUCUUGUUUAAAAGUAACAUCUGAUGACGUGUUGAAUUUAUUGAAAGAAAUGAAUGCUACAGGCACUUAUAUUUAUUUAUACUUGUUGAAAUCAGUUAUUAUUACAUAUAUUAAAGCGGAUACUGAUAUCCUUGAACGCUUAUAUUACGGUUGGAUUGUUACAUUUUCAUAUCGAAUGUGGUGUCUUCAACUAAAAAAGAAUUAUUCUCAACAAGAAAAAGAUAAUUGUUUCAUAACUAAAGCUGCAUGGUUAUCAGUAGAGAUUAAUAUACAUUGUUUAACAUCAUUAAUAAUAUUAGUAUCACAAGGGCAUUUACCAUCUUAUGCUCUCAAUAUAUACCUAUUUAGUAGUCAAUCAUGUGAGACUACAUUUCGUAGUGCUCGAGCUAUGUCUGGCACCUUUUCGUCAAUCACAAAUUUUCCAGUAUUUCAGUUUUUAAACAAAAUUGAAAAAAUUUCAAUAUUAAAUCAUGUAAAAUCCACAGAAGAGGCGAAUAAUGUUGAACAUCCAUUAAAAUUUCCUGUUCACCAUAAAAAUCGACAUAAAGAAAUAACUUCAUCUACACUUGAUCUAAAAUCGACAGUUGAUUACUGUUAUUUUAAUGAAGCUGAACUUCAAGAUAGUUCAGAUGACACUGAUAAUAUUAUUGAAAAUUCUGAAACAAAUUUUGAAGUUGAUGGUUACGAUUCAGAUGAAGAUAAUUUAGAUGAUUGUCAUUUUACAGUUUCAAAAGAAACCUUCCAAGGGAUGAAAAUAUUCGAUAAAAUUGAUCCAUCAAAAUGGAACAAUUAUUUUCAUAUUAUGAUUAAUAAUAAAUCAAAAUAUUUACACAAACAAACAGCUGUACGUCUGUUGACUACCAAUCGAAACUAUUUGUCAUCCGAUAGAUUAUCACGAGUUCAACAAACAAAUAAACAGAAAUAA